AUGUCGACUUCAGCAACUACCAAACUUACCCUCGUUUCCGAGGACAGAGUUAAUGUCCUGGUGGAUAAGGAUGCAAUCUCUAAUCGCUCCUCCCUGAUCAGCGAUUUGCUCGCGGAUCUUGGUGAAGCCGCUGCCGAGUAUCCAAUUCCGAUCAGUAAAGUGAAAGGAGACGUCCUCAAGAAGGUCGUUGAGUGGUGCGAACACCACAAAGACGACACUUCCGAGCCUCGAAACCUUGCUGGAAAGAAGGUCAGCGCGUGGGACCAAGAGUUCUUCAACAAUGAGGACGAUGUCACCUUCGACAUCGUCUUGGCCGCUAACUUCCUCGACAUCAAGGGACUACUUCAUCUCGGAGUGAAGAUGGUUGCCAAUCAGUUCCACGGUCUCAACGCUCAGCAGAUUCGGGAGAAGUACGGCUUGGAGGACGAUUUGACUCCUGAGGAGAAGGAUCGGAUUAGUCGUGAGAAUGCCUGGGCGGAUGAUCUUUGA